AUCACUUACAGCAUCAGCCCCGCGCUGUGGUCUCUACCAACUUGGUGCGACCUUUAAAAAAGACUUGAACCAUUGUAUUCUUAUUUUAUCAGACGCGACAGCUACCGAUGACCGACUGCAGGAGACAGUGGAACCGGGAGGAUGAGCUCCCGAUCUACCUGGCCAAGUCCAUAUCUGCGGGAUCAAACAAACGCCAAAAGUCUCACGGAAUGUUCAGCUCCGUUGAGGGAGCGUACGACACCAAGACCAUAGAUUUCGAUUCAUAUGCGCUGGGUAGAAAGGGGAAUAGAGCCCCGAGGCGCUGCAGCACAGAGCGGAUGUUAGAUAUGGAAUACUUCAGCGAGCCAGCCAGGGAACCUCACAAGAAGCGGAGCGACUCAGUGGUCACCUCUCCGAGCGGCCGGCCGAGUGUGGACGUCUCGUACCAGUCACAGAGAGAACAUUCUCACUGUGAAAAUAACGGGAAGAGCGAGCGAUUACUGAUCAAAGGAGGAAAAGUAAUUAACGAUGAUCACUCUUUCUAUGCAGAUGUGUAUGUGGAAGACGGACUUAUUAAACAGGUGGGGGAGAAUCUCAUUGUGCCUGGGGGUGUAAAGGUGGUGGACGCUGAUGGGCGAAUGGUGAUCCCAGGUGGCAUCGAUGUGAACACCUGCCUGAAUAAGGCUUACCUGGGCAGCCCACCUGUAGAUGACUUUUACCAGGGAACCAAAGCUGCUCUAGCUGGAGGAACCACCAUGAUCAUUGAUCAUGUGACCCCUCAGCCAGGCGACAGUCUCCUGCAGGCUUUUGAGUUGUGGCAGGAAGCGGCUGACAGGAAGUGCUGCUGUGAUUAUUCCCUGCACAUGGAUGUUCCACAGUGGCAUGAGGGGGUGAGGGACGAGGUGGAGGUGCUGGUCCAGGAGAAAGGAAUCAACUCAUUUCAAGUGUACAUGGCCUACAAAGAUGUAUACCAGAUGACUGACAGUCAGCUGUAUGAGGUGUUUGUGUGUCUGAAAGCACUGGGCGCAGUAGUGUUGGUGCAUGCUGAGAAUGGAGAUCUCAUAGCUCAGGAGCAGAAAAGAAUCUUGGGACUGGGCAUUACUGGACCAGAGGGCCAUCCUCUCAGCCGCCCAGAAGAGUUAGAGGCAGAGGCAGUGUUUCGUGCCAUCACCAUCGGUAACCGAGCCAACAGCCCCAUCUACAUCAGCCGUGUGAUGAGCAAGAGUGCAGCUGACACAGUGAGCCGGGCACGCAGGAAAGGUUCUGUAAUAUUUGGUGAGCCAAUCACAGCCAGCAUAGCCACAGAUGGUUCACACUAUUGGAACAAGAACUGGGCCAAGGCAGCUGCAUAUGUGACAGCUCCGCCCCUAAGCCCCGACCCCACCACCCCCGAACAUCUCCACUCCCUUCUGGCCUGUGGGGACCUGCAGGUAGUGGGCAGUGGGCACUGUGCGUACAGCACUGCUCAGAAGGCCAUGGGGAAGGAUGACUUCACCUUAAUUCCACACGGAACCAACGGAGUGGAGGAGCGCAUGGCCUUCGUCUGGGACAAGACUGUGGCAACUGGAAAAAUGGAUGAAAACAAGUUUGUGGCUGUGACUAGCACCAAUGCAGCCAAAAUCUUCAACCUGUACCCACGGAAAGGAAGGAUUGCUGUGGGCUCAGAUGCAGACAUUGUUAUCUGGGAUCCAGACAAGGCUAAGACCAUCACUGCCAAACUCCAGCAGUCGGCUCUGGAGUAUAAUAUCUUUGAGGGCUUGGAGUGUCGAGGUGGUCCAGUCCUUGUUGUCAGUCAGGGUCGGAUUGUGUAUGAAGAUGGGAAUCUGAAUGUGCAGCAGGGUACCGGUCGGUUUAUUCCCCGGCAACCAUUCCCUGAUGUUGCCUACCAACGCAUCAGCAUCCGCAACAAGAUGACCUGCAGGCAGGGAGUUUCACGUGGUGUAUAUGAUGGUCCUGUCUAUGAUGUCCCAGCCACACCCAAAUACAUAACCCCUGCCCCAUCUGCCAAGACCUCACCCACAUCCCAUCAGCCUCCACCAAUCAGAAACCUGCAUCAGUCCAACUUCAGCCUAUCAGGGGCGCAGGUUGAUGACAACGUUCCAAGGCGUUCCAGCCAUCGUAUUGUAGCACCCCCUGGUGGCCGGUCCAACAUCACCAGCCUUGGCUGAAACUGAAGUUCCACGCUACUCUGUGUUUGUGUGUAUGCGCUACUCUGUGUUUGUGUGUUUGUGUGUUUGUGUGUGUGUGUGUGUGUGUGUGUGUGUGUGUGUGUGUGUGUGUGUGCGUGCGCGCGCACGUGUGGUUUGUUGGCUUUGCAUAUCCAGCUAAUUGUCUGACUUUGCAUUCUGAACUCUGAUCCACUGUCGUAUUGCUAUAAAUUUUCCUUCUGGAUUCCUGUACAGUCAGUGUGUGAUUCCUAUGUCUGGAUUUGUUUACUGACUGAGUGAUGUGUGCUCACUUCCUCCAGGCUCUCACAAAAUGCUCUACUACACUGAUACUAUGUUGGUCGUCAGGUCAGAGAGAGGAGACUUUAGAACUCCAGGCCAUCGUUUAUGUGUAGUUGAACUGGUGUGACCAUGUGACAUGUGUUUUAAUGUACAGAUGUUUAAUUGUCCUCAAUGGUCAGGCGUUACUGAUGUUUCUCAAACUGGUGCUCCCUCUAUCAGACAACUGCAGGAUUAUCACUGACACGUGAUCAUUUUUCUUUCAUGUAUUUGACAUGAAAGGAGGUGGUGUUGUGUGCAGGUCUGGCAUCACUUUUAAACCCCACUGACUUAUCACUUAAUAUAAAUGUCUGUCAGGGACCUAAAACGCACCCUAAAAAUCUGUCCACCUAUUGUAUUCUGUCUGCACUGAAAUAUUCUGCAAUAUUUGUAACAUCAGUACAAUUUAUGUUCUUAAAAUUGAUGACGUCCUGCAUGAAGUCAUUUUCAAUGUUAUUACUCAAAUAUGGUGAAUUAUUUCUACUGAUAUAUUUAUGUGUCUAUUAAUAUAUUUAUGUGCUAAAUCAC